UCAUUACGCCAGAGCGACUGCUGUGUUUGAAAUAAAUAUACAUGUUGAGUUAAAAUGUACGCUUAGAGAAGGCAUUAGUUUGAAAAGUACAAGCGGAAGUUCGUUUACGUAGUAUAGUGGGCUUGUUUCUGGUACGUAAAACUGUUAGAGAUGCUGUCAGGUGGGAUGAAAUAAAGGGAUGUAGCACAGGGAGAACACAGCACUGUGUUUCUUCGGUCACCGUUUUGCAGGACAUGAACACGGAUCCACCUGAAAGCCGUUCAGCGCCGUCGUUGGCAGGCAGGUGUUGUCGUCGCACUGUUGAAGCGUCAUUUCAUUUGGCAUCGCCGCUGGCUGCGAUAUAACGUGAAUGAUCGGCUGUAGAGCAAACCUCAGGAUGAAGGAUGUGGAGCAGCUCUCCUGUCCGUGGAUCUGUGGAGGACUGUCACACCACAGCGGCUGAGUGAGCAGACCAUAUUAACUCAGGCCAGCCCCCAGACCUCAAGGCUCCCCCGGACCAGCAGACACCGAACCAGCGUUUUUGAACACAUUCGUCCAAUUGUCAGGGCGUCUUGGUUUGGUGUCCGCCUGUUUGCCCUGCUGUGUUAUUUUGCAGUUUGUCUGUACCAGGUUGUGUGGACCACCAGCGACCUAGCAUGACAAAGCACUUCUGUGGCCUGCUAACUCUUCAGCCAAAGGAUGUUUCUCUUAAGUAUAUCCAGACAGACGUGCUAAGCAUCUUCAUACAUAUAAUGUUUUGAACUGCAGAAUCACAACUGUUGUUGCAUCUUACAUCAAGGACCACUGAUUGACUGCACGCACUAAAUAGAUAUGAAUGAGAGGUUGCUGCAGGGGGACCUCUUCUGAGUUUAUUGUGGAUUUCUCAUGAAUUGUAAAGUGGGACAGAGACACCUACAGUCACAUGGCUGGAUCAUCAGUGGAAUUAGUCCUUUCCUUAUUUUAUUUGGAUACCUCCUGAAAGGCUCCCCAUUGUCCCUGGAAUAAAAAUAAAAAACAGCUGGUUUGAGUUGUCUCUGUUGAAGUUUACCAAAACGUUUCUGUUUUUGUGCCACUUUGAGAGAACUCUUUGAUCAUGCACUGAAGACAGAAGUGGAAGCCUUAUUGAGAGUCAGGUUUACACCAAGUCGCCAUGCCUAUCAGAAAAAAAGACACAGCUCGAGCCCUUGCACUUUUGGAGGAAUACUGCACUAACCUGAGGAAACCGGAGGAGCAGCAGCUCAAAACUGCCAUUCAAAGAGUGAUGGGGAUUUUCAAAAGCAACCUGUUUGAAGCUCUUCUUGAUAUCCAGGGGUUCUAUGAAGUGACUCUAUUAAACACACAGAAAAGCUCCAAGCAAAAGCUAGAGGAACUCAACCACAUGGCGGACAAGUGGGAGAAAAGUCUUUCUGUACCAAACUCUACCUGUCCAGUCGAGCAGAACAGGCCGGCAGCAGUACAUGAGCCAACCCACAAUGGCCAGCUCCAACUCUGCAUGAACCCUGCCCUGAUGAACACUCCCUGGUAUCACUACCAAGAAGAUGACUCACCCCUGCUUGACCAGGGUUUCCCACAGCUCACCAGUGGGCUUCGCGCUCCUGAGCUUGUCCAUGUUUCACAGAAAAACCUGUCAGAGAUUGAAAAUGUGCACGGCUUCGUGUCCCAUUCUCACAUCUCUCCUCUCAAGGCCAACCCUGCUCCCAUGAUCAUCAAUACAGACACUUUGGAGUCACUUCCUUAUGUCAACGGCACAGAAAUUGAAUAUGAGUUUGAAGAAAUCACCUUAGAGCGGGGUAACUCAGGGUUGGGCUUUAGCAUCGCUGGAGGGACAGAUAACCCCCAUAUUGGUGAUGACCCCGGCAUCUUCAUUACCAAGAUCAUCCCUGGAGGAGCUGCAGCAGAGGAUGGACGCUUGAGAGUAAAUGACUGCAUCCUUCGGGUGAAUGCUGCUGAUGUGUCUGAAGUUUCCCACAGUAAGGCAGUAGAGGCCCUAAAGGUUGCAGGUUCUGUUGUCCAUUUGUAUGUGCGGCGCCGCAGGCCUAUGCUAGAGACAAUCAUUGAGCUCAAGCUAAUCAAAGGCCCAAAAGGCCUUGGUUUCAGUAUUGCAGGUGGAGUGGGAAACCAGCAUAUCCCUGGUGACAACAGCAUAUAUGUAACUAAAAUUAUUCAUGGUGGGGCGGCACAAAAGGAUGGCCGGCUGCAAGUUGGAGACAGAUUAUUAAUGGUAAACCACUACAGUCUGGAGGACGUUUCUCAUGAAGAGGCUGUGGGCAUUUUGAAGAACACGUCUGAUGUGGUCACUUUAAAGGUGGGGAAACCCACCAGUGUGUAUCUAUCAGAUCCCUAUGGGCCUCCUGAUAACAUGCAGUCUUUUUCUCCUCCCAUGAAAAAUCACGUCUCUUCCCCUAUCAACACUGGCUCUCUGCAUUACAAGUCCGACCUGCCUGUGGCUUCCCCUAGGAGUUAUUCACCCCUCUCUGCGCACUUUCUGAGGGAAGAGGAUGUAAACAGGGAACCCAGGAAGGUCGUGCUCCACAAGAGUUCCACGGGCUUGGGCUUCAACAUCGUAGGUGGUGAAGAUGGUGAGGGCAUCUUUGUCUCCUUCAUCCUUGCAGGAGGGCCCGCUGACUUGAGUGGAGAACUGAGGCGAGGUGACCAGAUUUUAUCAGUCAAUGGCAUUGACCUACAAGGAGCCACACAUGAACAAGCAGCUGCAGCCCUAAAAGGAGCAGGACAAGUGGUCACCAUCAUUGCUCAGUACAGACCUGAAGAGUAUGGACGUUUUGAGGCCAAAAUCCACGACCUGCGGGAACAGAUGAUGAACCACAGCAUGAGCUCUGGGUCAGGAUCCCUCCGAACCAAUCAGAAAAGAUCACUCUAUGUUAGGGCACUUUUUGACUAUGAAAAGUCAAAGGACAGCGGUCUUCCCAGCCAAGGGCUCGGCUUCAGGUUUGGGGACAUCCUGCAUGUCAUCAACGCCUCCGAUGAUGAGUGGUGGCAGGCUCGCCGUGUUACUCCACAUGGUGACAGUGAGGAAAUGGGCGUCAUCCCAAGCAAGAGACGGGUGGAAAGGAAAGAGCGGGCACGUCUAAAGACUGUUAAAUUCAAUGCCAAGCCAGGGUCGUUUGAGUCAAAAGGGUCAUUCACUGACAAACGUAAAAAGAAUUUCAUCUUUACACGAAAGUUCCCAUUCUACAAGAACAAAGAUGGUGAGCAGGAUGGCAGUGAUUCAGACCGAAGUCAAGAGGAAGUGAUUCUCUCAUAUGAACCAGUAAUGCGUCAUGAAAUUAACUAUGCCAGACCCGUCAUAAUCCUGGGACCCAUGAAGGAAAGAAUCAAUGAUGACCUCAUAUCAGAGUUCCCAGACAAGUUUGGAUCUUGUGUGCCGCAUACCACUCGACCAAAGAGGGACUACGAGGUUGAUGGGCGAGACUACCACUUUGUGAUGUCGAGGGAACAGAUGGAGAAGGAUAUCCAAGAGCACAAGUUCAUUGAGGCUGGGCAGUAUAAUGAUAAUCUCUAUGGAACGAGCGUCCAUUCUGUCAAAUACGUGGCUGAGAGGGGUAAACACUGCAUUCUGGAUGUUUCUGGAAAUGCUAUCAAACGACUACAAGUAGCACAACUCUAUCCCAUCGCCAUCUUCAUAAAACCGAAGUCUAUUGAUUCAUUAAUGGCCAUGAAUAAGAGACUGACAGAGGAACAAGCCCAGAAGAUCUUUGACAGGGCGAUGAAGCUUGAGCAGGAGUUUGGUGAAUUCUUUACAGCACUGGUUCAAGGAGAAACCUUGGAGGACAUUUAUAACCACUGCAAACAGGUCAUAGAAGAACAUUCAGGACCCUAUAUCUGGAUCCCCUCAAAGGAGAAAGUAUAAUAGCUCAUUAUGCUGGAAGGGAGUCUGGACUUUUAGGAUCUAGUAAUAUAAAAACUGUUUGGCAACAAAUAGUCUUUAUAAAUACAUAUUGUGAAUAUGUUGCGUUUUUUUAUUUGUUCAUUUGAUCUUGUGUUUGAUUAUUGUUUGUUUUUCACUUAACCUAAAUGUUCCUGAAUGUAAACCACAAAAAUGUUAUAAAGUUUUAGCUCACAAAGUAUGUAUAUUUGCUUUUUUCUUAUUUAAACAAAAAGUAUAAAAACCAAAAUAGAUUUGGGCAUGUACGGUGCAGAUAUCUUUGCUUUGUCAGCAAUGGAGAGAAACCCAGUGACUGGACUUUGACAUCCUUACUGUCACUGCACACUGCAACUAGUAAAUACUGCUGAACACUGCUUUGCUUUGUGUUUAUUUACAGUAUCAUUUCUACCUUAAAUGACUACCUUCACUCUUUUGACAUGACACUAAACAUUUGUGAGAAAAUUGUUUUGUUGUUUCAUGUUGUCGGGGGCAACAUUUAUCCAGAUACUGCUGUGCCAAUGCUGAAUCAAGAAAGACAG